AUGGUGCCCUUGGGCAGCCCCGCUCUCGCCGUCUGCGCCUCCAGCAACCUGCGCCUCAUGGCCCCCGGCUCCCCCCUGGCCUGGCUGAACCGGGGUCCCGAGUGCCCGCAGGGCCCGGGGGGCAGCGGGGGCCGCAGAGCCAGCGCCGUGGAGCGGCUGGAGGCGGACAAGGCCAAGUACGUCAAGUCCCAGCAGGUGAUCGACAGGAGGCAGGAGCCGGCGCUGCGGGGCUCGCCCCGGCUGUCCCCGCACGGUCGCCGCCUGCUCGCCCGCCAGCAGUGCGGGGAGCUGUGCCCGGGCUCGGAGCUGAGCCGGGAGGGGCCCCGGAAGAUGCCGUGCCCCCAGUCCCCCGUGUCCCGCCGCAGCGGCAGCAGGCGCCUGCUGAGACCCGACUCGCUCGUCAUCUACCGCCAGAAACGGGACUGCCUGGGCGGCGACAAGGAGAACACCAAGGGCUCCGGGCUGGUGCGGCGCCUCUUCCAGGGACCCCUCAGAGACAGACCGCCCAGCUCGCCCCCCGAGGGGCCCAGAGCCCCCCCUAGCCCCGAGACCCCCAUGCUGUGGGCGCCUGCGGAGAAGGAGGAGGCGCGGACACCGGGAGCUGACGGAGGCGGUGACGGCGGUGGCAUCUUCCCCGUGCCCGGCAGCCCCGCGGAGCAGCCCCCCGGUGCCCCCGGCAAGGAGCCGCUGGCUCUGCGGGUGUCGCUGCCGCUGUCGGAGCAGGAGCGCUUCUUCAACUACUGCGGGCUGGACCGGGCUCUGGUGGAGCUGCUGGGCCGGGAGCGCUUCGGGCCCGCGGGAUGGGACAGCGCCUCGGCCCGACCCCCCGGAUCCUGCGAGUCCGAGCCCGGGAGGGUCUCGGGGGGCAGUGAGGGGGACGCGGGGCCGGGCGAGGAGGAACCGGACACCCGGCCGGGCUCCGCCGUCUCGGUGGUGGAGCGCAACGCCCGUGUCAUCAAGUGGCUCUACGGCUGCCAGAGAGCCUGGGCGGCUGCCAAGGAGUCCACGGUGUGA